AGAAAAAAAUCUUUUUAUCAAAAAUGUCUCAAAGACCACCAGUCCCAUCAAGUAAAAAUAAUGAUUUCUAUAUUUUAAGAUCAACCUCCUCAACAACCAUAAGCACCAUAAUUUGCUCCAUAAUAUGCACCAUAAUAUGCUCCAUAAUUUGCUGCUCCUUAAUAUGCUCCUGCACCAUUAGCUACAUAUCCAGCAUAAUUUGCUCCAACUACAUAUGCCCCUGCAUACGCUCCAGUUGCUCCAUUAACAUACAGUGUUGCUAGACCAGCUGCCCCAGUUGUUGCUUAACCAGUUGUUGCUCAACCAGUUAUUGCUUAACCAGUUGUAUAAGCCCCAGUUUUACAAUAAUCAGUAAUUGCCUAACCUGUCGUUUAACAAUCAGUUCAUGUAAGAAAAAAAUUCAAAUUUAAAUUAGGCAACAAUCAAAGGAGAAUCAAGAAUUGAAUAUGUUCCUUACUAAAAAGCUGUUAUGGAAUAUGAAGAAUAAGAAGUCGUUUAAUAUGUCCCAAGAGAAAGAAAGGUUACAGAUUAUUAUGCAGUCGAAUAUUAAACAGAAUAUGUCCCAUAAGUAUUCUAAGAAAAAUACACAGGUAUUUUCUUAUCAUUAUAAUUUAUUAGAAUACGUCCCAGUCGAUAGAUAUCAAGAAAGAGUUGAAUACUAUCCAGUUGAAAGAUAAGUUGUUCAUGUACUUUUUAAAUUUAUUCAUUUCUAGUAAUAAGUUGUUUAACAACCAGUCGUUUAAUAAGUUGUUUAAUAACCAGUUGUUUAAUAAGUGGUCUAAUAACCUGUUGUUUAAGCUGUUGCACCAUAACCAGUUGUUUAAUAAUAUGUACAAUAACCAGUUAGUGUUGUUUAACCAGUAUAAACAUAUCCAGUUUAAUAUGCUCCUACUCAAAUCGUUUCAUCAAGAGUGAUUCCUUCCUACCCAACAUAUCCCUAAUAUCCUUAAUAUCAACCAGCACCAUAAUAAUAAUAAGUUUAAUAAUAACCCCCAAGAUCGAAUUUGAACAAUAACAUAUGAUAAAUUAUAAGUACAUC